AGUUUAAAAAAAGCAAUUUGCAGAACUGAAAUUCCAUUGGGAUUUUCAUAUUUUCAUUUCUUUGUGAUAAGUUUUUAUUUUGUCAUCUCAAGUAACAUUCGCAAUUAAUAUUUAUCAGUUAUUCCUUAUAGCUUUUGAAUAAUUUAAAUCUUCUCCUCUAUCAUGGAAAUACCUGAAAUUAGAAGGCGACAUGAUUCUUACAACUUUAGUAAUCUUGCAAAACAUGAAGCUAAAGAAGGCUGUUACUCUGACAUCAAUUCACUUUUGGAAACAUGCCCAAAAGAAAAAUUAGAUGAGUUCAGGAAAAAUCUCAUAGGCUUUAAACAGUUGUUUUCUCGAAUGGUAGAUGAUGAUGAACCUCAUUUGAACUGGAACAGCAUAUCUCCACCUCCAAAAGAAUUGAUAAAAACAUAUGAAGAAGUUAUGCUAAAGUCAUCUACAGAUGUAAAAAAAUUGUUAGACAAGCUUGUUGUUGUUAAACUAAAUGGUGGUCUUGGUACUAGUAUGGGUUGCACUGGACCAAAGAGUGUAAUAACUGUUCGAAAUGAAUUCACUUUUUUAGAUAUGCAAGUCCAGCAAAUUGAGUUUCUUAAUAAAAAGUAUGGAUCAAAUAUACCAUUGGUUUUAAUGAACUCUUUUAACACUCAUGAGGAUACCAAAAAUCUUUUGCGAAAAUAUAUUCAUGUGAAUGUUAACCUUCAUUGUUUUCAACAAAGUCAAUACCCUCGUAUUUAUAAAGAAUCCUUGCGAAUUGUCACAAAAUCUAUCUCGAGUGGUGAAGUAGGAAGUUGGUAUCCACCUGGACAUGGUGAUAUGUAUCAAGCAUUUUAUAAUUCUGGACUUCUGGAACAAUUUAUUGCAGAAGGGAAAGAAUAUGUAUUUGUUUCAAAUAUUGAUAAUUUAGGAGCCACAGUUGAUAUAUCCAUUUUAAACUAUUUACUUACUCUGCCAAUGGAAGAGAGAUGUGAUUUUGUCAUGGAAGUAACAGAUAAAACGAGAGCUGAUGUGAAGGGAGGUACACUUAUUGAAGUUGAAAAAAAGUUAAGAUUGUUGGAAAUUGCUCAAGUACCCAAAGAACAUGUAGAAGAUUUUAAAGCAGUUUCAAAAUUCAGAAUUUUCAACACAAACAAUCUUUGGAUUAGAUUAGAAGCUAUUAAACAAGCCGUAGAAGAAAAUACUUUACAUUUGGAGUUGAUAUUAAAUCAUAAGCAAUUGGAUAAUGGGGAGAAGAUUAUACAGAUUGAAACAGCUAUUGGUGCUGCUAUCAAAUGCUUUAACAAAGCUAUUGGUGUAAAUGUCCCUCGAAGUCGUUUUCUUCCUGUAAAAACUUGUUCUGAUCUUCUAUUGAUUACUUCUAAUCUUUACCACAUGAACAACGGAACGCUUACAAUGAACCCAAAGAGAAACUUUUUAACAACACCACUGGUGCAACUUGGAGAGCGUUUUCAAAAGGUGAAGGAAUACUUAAAUCGUUUUGAAACAAUACCUGAUAUAAUUGAGUUAGAUCAUUUGACAGUUGCAGGUGACGUUACUUUUGGAAGAAAUGUAACUCUUAAAGGUACUGUAAUUAUCAUAGCCAAUCAUGGUGAACGUAUUGAUAUUCCAUCAGGUGCGGUUCUCGAGAACAAGAUAGUUUCAGGAAAUCUUAGAAUUUUAAACCAUUAAGAAUGUUAACGCAGUUUGUUAAAACUUUUUACAGAUUUUCUUGUGUUUUAGUCUAAUUUUUAUUUUAAAAUUGUAUUUUAUAGUAUUCAGAUAGUAGAUAACGCAUGCAUGUUGUCAUUUGGCUUAAGGAACUUUUCUUUCUUAUUAUUUUUUUUUUUUUCGUUGCUUUUUUGAUACCUUUGUUUUUGUAUAUUUUUUGUUGCUAUGAGUUGCUAUGUACGUUGCUAUGCGUUGUGUUUUGUAUCGUGUAUGUUACUUAUUUUAUUCUUGUGGGAAAAAAAUCUUUAUUUUAUCAAAAUGAUAAUUUUAUCUUAAAUUUUUAAAAAUAUAUUCAAAUUUUUAUUAUAAUGAGCUUAAAAUUUUAAGAAUUAUU